AGUUACUAUAGCAGACGAUGCCUUGUUUUAACAAAAAAUUGUACUGUAAAUUGAGGUCAUAAUUUUCUAUUGACGUCACAGCGUCAAAGUUCUGCUUGGAAGUCAACAUGCCAACUGCCACAUUAACCGUAAGGGAGGUGAAAAACAAAGAGACUGGUCUUGACAUCUCUAUUCCGAAUUACAAAGAGACACCAGGUCUUCUUGGCAGUACUGUGAGCUUCAAUGUUGUUGUUGUCUCUAGAUUAUCUUUCUUCAAGUCGCCAAAACAUAAAGAAAGUGAUGUUGUUCAGUUUAUGGUGACCAGAAAAUACCCAGACUUCGAACAACUGUAUAACCAGGUUGGGGCGCAGUUUCCUGGAACAAUUUUACCACCACUCCCCAAAAAAGUUCUACGAUUGACAGAAACGGUGAUCAAAGACAGAAAGUCAAAGUUGGAAGGCUUCCUCAAGUUCUUAGCUUGUACACCCAAACUAGCAACAUGCUCCAAGCUGCUGGAAUUUCUCGGUGUAAAUGCCAUAAAAGCUGGACGGUACAGAAAAGGGGAGAUUGGAGAGACAGAACAGAAGGUGGAAAGAGAGGAGAAGCCAGAGGAUGAGGAGGAGGAUGUCACCACAGCAACCGAUGAGGAUAUGUUUGGUGAGGAAGAGUACCAAGAGCAAGAGGACAUGUUUGGAAGAGGGGAUGAACAAGACAUUUUCUCCACGGCAUUAGACCACCCAGAUUCAGGAGCAGGUUUCAUCACAGGAGGGGAGGCGCGACUGUUUGAGGAGCAGGAUUUAGGGGGCGGGGUGGUGGAAGGCGAUGACGAGGAGCUUCUUGGAUUUCUGCCUGAUGCACGCACGCCAGACAAGACAGUCACCAUGGUAACACAAGAUCAGGGGGAAGAAGACAGUUCAGAUUUACUACAUAUCGAUGAUGAUUUGGACAAAUUUCUUGUCUUGGAAACAAAAAAGCCUGAAACAACUGAAGAAGUAUUGCUCAAAGACAUGAACACAGAAUCAAAAAGCCUGGCUGACACUAAACCAACUCUCAGUCCAAAACCCAAACCAGAGCUUCCACAAAAACCUGCCCUUGCUCAAAAACCAAAACUCCCUGGCAAGAAACCCACGUUACCAAAGAAACCAAGCAUGGAACAAAAGGCUGGGGAGGAAGACCAGACAAGCAGACAACAUGAUAAUACAGUGGCCAAGGGAGAUAACCCAAUGCAGGCAUUGGCCAAUGAUGACAUUUUAAAGUAUAUCCAGGACAAUGCGUCAUCUGCAGACAGUGACUUAGAUUUGUUUUCCUGAAAACUCAAAAUUAACUCUAAAAAGAGGAGUAAUAAAUAUUAUAUUUUAUCUUUUUUAUAUGCCACUC